UUAGUCCCGGCCCAUUUCAACUAUAGAAACCUCCUAACCUCCUGUGGGUAAGAGCCAGCUUCUGGUCUGCACUGGCGGCUGCUGCUACUCUCCGCCCGCAGCAGGCAAGCCAUUAUGCAUCUAAUCAGCGCAGUAUUUUAAGCUUACUCUCUAAGCAACAUCUCUGCAAAAGCUUUGCAAGCUGGUCUGCUCCGGACCCUGAAGAGUCUGGAGUCCUUCCCAGCGAAUUGUCUCUCACUCUGCGAAGCACGGCAGCUCAAUUACUGGAGAAAGAGAUUGGUCCUUGCCACCGCCCUCCCCUCUGGUCUUCAGUGGGAACUGGGAAGAGGAGAUCUGCUUCAGUGCGCACGAGAGUGACCAAGUGCAACUGGCUACCGGAACAGCGACCUGGACGCGGCUCCUUUCCUCCGCCCGCGGAUACACCCGCGCUGUGCGCCCUGACCACAGCGCUGGACCAUCCCGGCAGGGCUCGCGGGUGACAUCACUCCUGAAGAUACUCGCUUUCUAGUCCUUGCCUUCACAAAGGCUCUGUCAGUGUAUUUGUGGGUCUCUGGAGAGGGCUUCCUGAGAAGAGAGGACGGCGAGUAGCGACCAACCAGACCAGAGGAGCCAAAAGAGUAGCGGGAAGUGAAGGAGUACCCCAGAGGACAGCGACAUGAAAUUCAACGCCGCACACUACCUGCUGUCCCUGCUGCCUGCACUCGUCUUCGGCACCAGACAGGACUAUGAGGAGCUAGAGAAGCAGCUGAAGGAAGUGUUUAAGGAGCGCAGCACAGUCCUGAGGGAGCUGACAAAGACGUCCCGAGAACUGGAUGGGAUCAAAGUCAACCUUCAGUCUUUGAAAAAUGAUGAACAAUCUUCCAAAACAGAUGUUCAGAAGCUUCUGGAGUUAGGCCAGAAGCAAAGGGAAGAAAUGAAGUCUCUCCAGGAGGCCCUGCAGAAUCAGCUUAAAGAGACAUCUGAGAAAGCAGAGAAACAUCAGGCUACAAUUAAUUUUUUGAAGACUGAAGUGGAAAGAAAGAGCAAGAUGAUCCGUGACCUACAGAAUGAGAAUAAAAGCUUGAAGAACAAAUUGUUGUCCGGAAGCAAACUGUGUGGGAUUCAUGCAAAAGAAUCGGAAAAAAUCCAAGCCCAACUGAAGGAGCUCCGUUAUGGGAAGAAAGAUUUAUUAUUUAAGGCCCAACAGCUCACCGAACUGGAAAAGAAGUUAGCUGUUGCCAAAAAUGAGCUUGAAAAAGCAGCUCUUGACAGGGAAUCACAGAUGAAAGCAAUGAAAGAGACUGUACAACUCUGCUUGACGUCAGUUUUCCGUGAUCAGCCUCCUCCUCUCAGUCUCUUCACAUCAAAUCCAUCACAGACGUUGCAUCCACCCAGGACACUUGCUUCCAAGAUUCCAGAUUCGAGGACAAAAAGCGAGAAAACUUCUCCAGGAAACCAUGAGAGCUCCCGAGUUCAGUCAACAAAGGAAGAGAUGAGGAGAACUUCUGGAAGAUUUAUAUCCACAAAAUUGGGAGAAAAAACAUAAUCACAUAAUAAUUUCAAAAAAUAAACAAUUCUCACUUUGAACAAAAGAACAGUGUGCCCUCAACUUCAUUGUUAAAGACCAAAAUAACAAGGACCUGUUGAGACCACAACAAUAAUCAAGGGGAGCAUGUAGAGAGUCCAGAAAGACCCAGGGAUACCGUAUGUUGCUAUAUGUAGGUAGAAUAUCCAUGUUCUAUUGGGAGAAGCAAGUAAGGGAGCUCAGGCAAGUUUGUUCCUUGCCCAAUAGUCAUAUAUAAAUGCCUGGAUGGCUAUAGUUUUAUCUUUCUGUUAAAACUGUCCACAAAAGUAAAUGGAAAAUAGCUGUAUCUUUCUUCAUGGUCAAGAAUUCUAGAGUUCUUCAUACAUACACUGGAAACUCCACUCUUCACUUUGGUAAGUAGAUUUUAAGUAAACUUAGACUUCAAGAACAGAAAGCACCCCUAUCUUCUCCCAGAGAAUGAAGUU